AUGAUGAAGAAAACUCAGAAAAUAAGAGAAAAAUGUACGAAUUACUGCUGGGUUUAUUACAGGAUUAAUCUCUGGUAUGAAAAAAUAAAUAAAGAAAUUUCAGUUAAAGUAGAAAAUAAAUUUCAAUUUAUUCGAGAUAAUAAGUUUUAUGACCUUAAAAACGAGUCUACAUUUGAAGAAAUUAAGCAAAAUUUUCAAAAAUGCAUUUUGCCCUUACAGAGAGAGAUUGGCAUUAUUAAUGAAAUAAAUAGGCUCUGUCUAGUAAGCAGCUGAUUUAAAUCAAAAUAUGAGGAGUAUGUUGAUGGCUUAUUAUUUAUUCUAUAAAAAAUAAUGCAAAAAAUAAAAAUUUUAUAAUAUCAGAAUGUUAUGUUGAGGAUCGCAAUAAAAUUUAUAAGAAAACGAUUGAGCGAUUAGAGUUAUUACAAAAUGAUAGCAUACGGAUAGAUUGAUUAGAAAAUUGCAUGUCUAAACUGCAACCCUUACUAGAAUUGUUAGAAUUAGGUUCAAAUAAAUUUUCUAUUGAUUACUAUACUGAAAAAUUUAUCCUGUAUUUUUGGUCAUUGAUUUUAGUAAAAGAAAAAAAUUCAAUCUUUAGUAAUAUUAAACAAAAGUAUUUGCAAAGCUUUUAUACUGAAACUGAGCAAAACAGAUUUUUUUUAAGUGGCAAGAUUCCUGAAGUCAAUGUUUUUGAUAAUUUUUUAUUACAAGAGGGAACAUAUAGUUUACAUAAGGAUUUUUAUAGAAAAUAUAAUUCUCCUUCUCUAAUGGACAAAGUUUUGUUAUGCAGCAGUAGAAUUUUUCAAUAAUUUUUGAAUUUAAAGAGGUUGCAACAUUUUUUUAUAUUUGAAAUAUCUUAGCUUUGAUUUUUUAUUCAUCUGAGAGUAAGCGGUUUUUUAAUGAAAAGUAUUUGAAACUGGACAAAAUUAACUAUUUUGAAGAAAUUAUUGCAAAUUCGCAAUUGAUGUCAUUAUUGAAAAGCCCAAAUAAUAAACUCAUUAAUGACGAAUUUUUGUACUAUGAAAAUGCUAUUUAUUUUUAUAAAGAUGCUACUUUCGAUAAAAAUAAAGAUUCACUAGAUUUUCUAUGCAGAUACGAUUUGGUAAAAAAUACCUUGAAUAAAUAUUGAUUUAUGAGAAUUAAUAAAAUAGAAAAUAAAUUGGCUUUUUUCAAUAAAAGCAUUAUUGCUUUGGUAGAAAAUGAAAGAAAAAUAGUGACAUUCGAUUUAUUAAUAGACAGUUACUCUAUGAUUACAUAUUCAGAUAAUAAAUUCAAGGGGUGAAAGUUUUUAGUUUCUUAUAAAAUUAAUGAUGGCAUUCAUGGAAUAGUUGUUUUGAGGUGCACUCCUUAUGGAGAGGAUAGACUAGAAAGAUUUUUGGUAAAAUCGCUUUUAAACAAAUAG